AUGGAAGGACGGCAACUCUUCCCUGAUGUUUUCCUGGUUUUGUUGCUCCUAGUAAAUGAGGGACGCUCUACACCUUCUCUGCAACUCGCAGUGCCAUGUUCUGUUGAAGCACAAUUUAGAAUUGAUUUGUCAAAUCACAAUCUGGACGACGUCCCCUCUAAUCUUCCAAAAUCCACCCAGUACUUGGAUCUGUCGUACAACAAAAUCCAGACCCUCUCAAGUGGAGCUCUAGCCUUCUUGUCACACCUCUGCGUCCUAAAGAUCUCCCAUAACAGCCUACAUUUUAUCUCACCAGCAGCUUUCCAUGAAAACUCCAGACUACAAGAACUCGAUCUUUCCUUCAAUAAGUUGAUGGCUAUCCCUGAGAUCCAGCCGCUGCCUGACCUGAGCAUCUUGGACCUGUCAGAGAACCUUUAUGGUACUUACGCCUUUGGAAAAUCAUAUGAAAGAAUGCAGAGCUUAACUUUCCUCUCUGUUGGGAGUCCCCAAGCCUCUGUGAUUAAGCAAUCAGAUUUCAGCCCUCUCAAAAACCUUUUCCUGAAACAGCUAAUUCUUGGAGUUGGUGGCGAGUUGACCGGAUAUGAGCCUGGCUCCAUUUCCAAACUUGUAGACUUGAAGGAGCUCACACUGAAGAUGACCUUCUGCCUUAGACCCAAACUCUUUUCUAAAUUGCUUGAAGAUUUAAACGAGACCAAAUUGGAGAAAAUUAUCCUCGUAAACUUCCUUCCAGAAUUUUGCCACGUGCCUGAUGACCUCACUGAUGGUUUCAAGCACAUGCAACAAAAAGAAGUCACCUUUGAAAGCACCGAAUUUAAAAGUUCUGUAUUGUCAAAGUUACUAACAAACAUCAUCCAGUCUCCAGUUCAAAGUUUGUCUGUUGUAAAUAUGACCUUUUCACAGGACACAGAACAAGGAAUUAAUAUCCUCAGUGUCCCGGAUGCAAGUAAAAUCGGAAGUCUUAAAACGGUAAUGUUUGACAAAAUGCAUAACAAAAAAUAUUUGCUCCCUAAAGUUUUGAUCAAUGGUUCGCUCUUCUCUGGUGUAAAAAAGUUCAAGUUCUCACACUCUGGCAUGAUAAUUGUACCUUGCGGAUUAUUAGGCGAUUUGUUGUUGGAAGAGCUAGAUGUCUCCAAUAACCUUUUGACAGGCGGUGGUCUAUGGUACAAGUGCCCCAAUGAUCAUCCUUUCCCAGUCCUGAAACGGCUCAUUUUGAGGGAAAACAGUUUUAAGGACCUCCCCUUUAUUGCAAAUAAAACCCACUUAAUGUCCUGUUUGCAGGCCCUCGAUUUGAGUCGGAAUUCGUUAGAAGGUUCCGGAAGGAGUAUAUGGCCAUCUCACCUCAAAGAGCUCUCAUUGAGUGAAAACUUCCUGGGAGAAUCUGUGUUCAGUCACCUCUCUCCACACUUAAUUUCUCUGAAUCUAUCAUGGACUGCCAUCACAACCCUUAACACCGAUUCUCUUCGGCAGCUCAAGAACCUGAAAAAGCUCGAUCUGAGCUCUAAUUUCAUCAGGUCACUUCCUUUAGAUCUGUCAUUGCCUGCAUUGGAGGAGUUGCAUUUGGACAACAACGACAUCACUUCUUUCCAACCGGGUACAUUCCAAGGACUCCCAAAGCUGAGGAAGCUUAAAGCUGGAAAUAACUCAUUCAUUUGUGACUGCAAUCUCUACUGGUUCAUUGCUAUCUUCAACAAAUCACUGCUUGUGGGUUGGCCAUUGGACUACAAGUGCAAGUUCUCAGAAACACUCUUGCGAGACAUCCAUCUCAGCAGGAUAUCUUGCGACCUGUGUAGUCAGUUACUUGUUUCCGUGACUGUCAUUCUCUUUGUCUCUUUUUCUUUAGGGGUUGUCUUUAAUGUUUUAGAUGGUGCAUGGUACAUUAGGAUGCUAUGGAUUUGGCUGAGAGUGAAGCGUAGGGGGCAACAGGAGGCGGGUCGAUUGGACAGCGCUUCGUUACGAUACCAUGCGUUCAUCUCUUACAGUCAAACUGAUGUCCACUGGGUUUCCACACAGUUGAUCCCAAACCUGGAGGAAGCCAGCUUCCGAUUGUGCAUCCACGAGCAAGACUUUCUCCCAGGUGCCUGGAUUAUUGACAACAUCAUUAACUGCAUCGAGAGGAGCUACAAAAUGGUGUUUGUGUUGUCUCAGAGCUUCGUGCAGAGCGAGUGGUGUAACUACGAACUGUUGUUUGCCCAGCACAGAGCCCUUACGACCCGGCAGGACUCUCUGGUCUUUGUUCUUCUGGAGCCCAUUCCUCCAGACUCCCUGCCUAGAAAGUUUCUGCGUUUGAGGAGCCUACUCCGAAAGCAGACCUAUCUGCAGUGGCCCAAGUAUAAAAUGAAGCAGAGGAUUUUCUGGGCCAGUCUAAAAACCACGCUUUGCACAGCAGACAUGGUGCUAAACCAUGUAGCGGGGGAGAUUGUGAAACUGUGUCCUAGAUGA